UUCGUGGUAAAACGCCUUAAGUUAUUGGAAGGACCGACAGAUUUCUGGUCCAAAACCCAUACCUAUAUUCGGAAAUGUUUUGAGUCCUGUCCUAAAAGCGCAACCAUUUGUGGAGAUGGAGUGGUAUAAGAAAUACGGCAAACUGUUUGGGGUGUUCAAUAUGAGUAAGCCGUGUCUAACAGUGGCCGACCCGGAGCUCAUCAAACAAAUUCUGGUCAAAGAUUUCCAUUCAUUUCGUAACCGACGGACACCUGCGGGUAAUCACAAAAUUUUCUCCAAAAUCAUGUUCAGAGCCAGAGAUGACGUCUGGAAGCGGGUCCGGGCGAUAGCCAGCCCUACAUUUACGUCCGGAAAGAUGAAGAAAAUGUAUGGUCUGAUCAACCAUUGCUGCGAAGACUUUCUGAAUACCUUAGAUAAGGAUGUGUCGAAUGGUAUGAAUGAAGUCGAGUUGAAGCAACUGAUGGGCGCCUAUACUAUGGAUGUGAUCGCCAGC